AGUGGUGGACGGAAGAGAAGAGUUAAACCAUGGGAAGAGAAAUCUGCCCAGCCAGCAUAUGAGUUACGAGGCUAAGGGGUUGCAGCCCCACGUCGAGUAUCAGUUCUGGGUAACAGCCUCUACCAGGGUUGGUGAGGGCCAAAGCUCCAGAGUGGUUGCCCAGGUCCCGACAAGCAGAGUUCCCGCGAAGAUAACAUCUUUUGGCGGUCUGGUACUGCGGCCGUGGCGGAGUUCCGUGUCUCUGCCAUGUCACGUGGUGGGGGCGCCUCAGCCUCGCCGGGAGUGGCUCAGAGACGACCGCCCGCUACAGAUUUCCACCGGCCACAACAUCCAGCUCAUGGAGUCUGGUGAAGUAGUCAUUCCGGUCUCCAGCGGGCAGACAGCGACAACUACACGUGUCACGCUGAAAACAACAUCGGCUCCGACAGCAUAUACUACACGUUGGUUGUGCAAG